AUGGAAACAAACAAAUUAGCAAUUGUACUAGAUCCCAAAUCGAAUCGGAAAAUAAUUAAUCAUAGAUAUAGAAUCAUAAAGAAAAUAGGUCAAGGUCAAUAUGGGAAAGUAUUAUUGGGAGAAGAUAUUACUACUACAGUUAAUUCUUCUACCGGUAAAAAUAAUUCAACUACAAUUUCAACUUACGUUGCUAUAAAAACUAUCAAUCGAAUAGAUAAAUCGAGAUUAUUGUUAGUAAAAAAUGCCAGUAAUAACAUCAGCAUAAAGAUUAAACGCGAAAUAACUAUAAUGAAACAAUGCAAUCAUCCCAAUAUUGUCAAAUUAUACCAGGUUAUUGAUGAUUUAAGAUUUGAUAAAAUAUUAUUGAUUUUGGAAUAUUGUCAAUAUGGAGAAAUUGAUUGGAAACGAUAUAAUCAUUACCAUGAAAAAUAUAGAAAGGUUGACGUUGAAAGUAUACAAGGAAAAGCUAAUUCCAUACCGCAAACCCGCUUGACAUUAAACAAAAUUCUACGCGAUAUAAUUAACGGUUUAGAAUAUUUGCAUGAUUAUAAACAUAUAAUACAUCGAGACUUGAAGCCAUCGAACCUACUAAUAAAUCAAGACAAUACUGUCAAGAUAUCAGAUUUCGGGGUGAGUUUAAUUCUAGAGAAUAAUGCUAACGAUGCCAAAGAAUUGGCAAAAAUCAUGGGUACACCAGCAUUUUAUGCCCCCGAGCUAUGUCAAUUUGUUAAUAAUCGGUUUUCUAUGGUUACUAAUGAAGAUCAUGCUGGGAAUAAGAUCAAAAUUAGCUAUAAUAUUGAUAUUUGGUCGUUGGGGGUGACCUUGUAUUGUUUACUGUUUAAUAAUUUACCUUUCAAUGGUAAUAAUGAAUUUGAAAUGUGUAAGAAUAUUGUUAAAAGUGAACUACAGUUCCCCUUAAUCAAGCAUUCAUCAAAAGUGACAGAAAAUGAUAUUAAAGAAUUAAAAUAUUUGAAAGACUUAAUCAAGAAGAUUUUGGUUAAAGAUCCAGAUGAAAGAAUAUCAUUGAAAGAAAUUAAAGUGCAUCCAUUUACUACAUUUGAUUUAAAUGAAUUAGAGAAGAAGAAAUUUUUCAAAUUUAAUCAAAAUAUAUUUAGGGCAGAAGAUUGUAAAAAAGAGCUUGAUGUUGAUGGAUCAAUUUCUACUUUGUCUCCACAAUCUUCAAGUUUGUCGAAAAGGAUCAAGAAUUUAUUUUCUAGUAAAUAUCCUGCUGCCACGACUACCACCACGACUACCACUUCGUCCCCUCCUCCAGCAUCAUCAUUACCAUCAACUCCAGGAAAUUCAUCCCUGAAACAUAUUCCAAGUAAUUUGAAAUAUAACAAUUUGUCAUUAAAGGAGUUAGAGCAUGUGGAUGAUUUAUUAGAUUCUUAUUUGGAUGAUUCUUCAUCAUUGGGGAGCGUGGAAGGAGACGACGAGGUUGUUGUUGAUACAUCCAAUAUACUUGGUGAUUUGGACAGAGAUACAAAUUAUGACGAUUCACCACAACAAUUACAAGGAAAAGUGAAUGAAAUAAUAACAGACGUACCAGAAGAAGAAAAAAAACAUAAACCUCAGCCACUAGACUUGAAGCAAGCAGCAACAUCCUUCCCAUCACUACCUCCACCACGAGGUAACUCUUCUACCUCUUUGGAUGUGACAAGUAAUAAUGAUAAUAUUACAUCUCCAGCGACACCAAUAAAUGAAAAUAUUACUACGAUUAUUGGGGAAAGUUCACCGGGAAAUUAUUACAAUAGUACCAAUGAUGGUAUUGGAGAUUUCCCAAGUAGACCAUCGAGGCGAAGUUUUGAAAAGCAAAAUAAACUGGCAUCAUUAGCAUCAAUGACCUAUCAGCCUACUAUUAUAUCAUUAUCAUCUCCAGUGAAAACGAAAUCAGAGUCAUGGGGAGGUAAAAUGAAUAAUAUGUCUAUACACAAUAGUAUUGGUGGAAUAAACGAUAAUCAUAAACAUUUGAAUAUGUUUGAACCGCCCCUGAUAUUUAGAGAGUCAAAACCUUUGGAAGGAAAUAAAACUGCUAGUGCUAGUAAUACUGAAAAUAAUUUUGGUUCUACAAGUCGUCGGAAUUCCAAUAGUUCUCAACAUUUUGGGUAUGGAUUAUCGAGAAUUACCAGUUCUUCUUCAAGUUUGAAUUUAAAUGCCUAUUUGACUGAUGAUGAUGAUGAUGAUGGUGAUGUUCUCAAUUCUGCUUCAAUGCCAGAACUCAAUCAUUCAUCAUCGAUAUCGACAAGGUAUAGUUUGAAAGGUAUGCAACAGCAACAUCAACUGGAGAGAAAACUGCAAGAUAAUGAACAAACUGAAGAGCAAGAAGAUCAUGAAGAGUCGGAAGAAGGUGAUUCAACUAUAAUUGCUAAUAAUUAUCAAAUCAUGAGAAAUUAUAAUGAUAUGAGUAGCUAUUUAGAUGGGUUAGAUUAA